UCGCCCCGCCCCCUUGGAAGGAGCACCGCGCAGGCGUCCCCUGAGGCCACGCCCAUUCCCUGAUUUGACAUCACGCCUGAUCGAAGGAAUACGCAGGCGCCUUCUACACGCGCCAAAUCCUUCAACUCAAACACCGCCCAGAACAUAGUACUACGCAGGCGCUAACUAGUUCCUUUGCCAACUGCCCACCCCCUUCUAUGCAGCCGCUGGAGACACACCCCUGGGGCUAAUGCGCAAGUGCCGUUUUCCCUCCAACUCGCGGUCGGCUGUCUCCCUACGCAUGCCCAGGCGGCGGCGGGAGACCACGGAAUUUACCGCCGGAAGUUCAGCGUACACUACCAAAGAGUGCGAGUUCGACUCGCGGGCUAGAGGGGCUCGUUUCCGCUCCGCUUCGGGGUGGUGGGCGGCCAUCUUAGUUGCGCGCAAUUAAGGGCUGUGGCGGGAUUGGCUCCGCGUGUGGGUUCGUCGGCGGCUCCCCACCUACCAGCGCCGGAUUCGGAGUCCUUCCCCGCGGGGCGGGACCUCCUAACGGCUGACUCCUUUCCAGGUGAAGGGUAAUAACCCGGCUGAAGACAGACUCAAAUUCUGGAAAUAACGACCUAAUAUUAUGGCCGGCAGCCCUAAUGAAGAUCCAGAAGGAAGCAGAAUCACCUAUGUGAGAGGAGACCUUUUUGCAUGCCCCAAAACAGACUCUUUAGCACACUGUAUCAGUGAGGAUUGUCGAAUGGGCGCUGGGAUAGCUGUCCUCUUCAAGAAGAAAUUUGGAGGGGUGCAGGAACUGUUAAGUCAACAAAAGAAAUCUGGAGAAGUGGCUGUUCUGAAGAGAGAUGGACGGUAUAUAUAUUACUUGCGAACCAGAGAUAUCAAAAAGCUUCUGAUCUCAUAUUAACUCACAUCCAGUGCUGGUGGCUGUUUGGAGCACAUCCCAGCUCCAUGGAAAAGUGCUGUGACAUCCACCAAGAGGAUUUGCAAAAGUUAGGGAUGCUUCCCAUGGUUUAAUUCCUUCCUAAUCAUAGUGAGAUAGAAACAAUAAUGUCUUUAGAGAUGGAUUGCCCAAAGGGGUUGUUCUCUCAUUCUUCUCUGUCACACGCAGUGCCAAGUAAUAACCCCUUUCCUGCCUGCUGCUUCAGUUGGGUAUUCUUCCCUCGUCCAAAUGGUCUUUGGCCCCAGAAAGAGUUCAGCUUCUUGGUAAUGGUGCUGGGGGACUACAAGCCUGAUCUGGGCAGCACAUUAAAUGAGGACAUGUCCUGGCCCUUUUGAAUGCUGUGCUUAAGGCUGACAUGACUUCAGUCUUGUUCAGAAUGCUAACAGUUUCUCUCAUAGAGAAACAAAAAACAAGCACAGUUUCUAAAUAAACAGACGUAACAGGAAAUUUUCAGGUGGUCUGGGUUCUUCCUUGUUACAGAUACCAGCUUAUCUCUUGGAAGUGGCACAAAGACUUUCACCUACCUUGCUUAAAAACAAUAGACAAUAGGUUUAGCCUGCUAAUCUGGGCUUCUUGGGAAAGGGAAAGACUUACACGGCAGUGUGGGUUUCUCAGUCCCUAUUUAGUGGAUUUUCUGGAGGGUCUCCCUGUUCUAUUCUAUGAGAAUAUACUUGUUACUUUCAUUCUCAACAUGUUAGGAGAAUGUGAUGGCUUUUCUUUGGCUAUUGUUUUGGAUUAAUGAAAGUUUAAAUUCAUUCUUUGU